UUUGUACCGCUUUGAAGCAUCGUACUCGUGGCUCAGUCAUUCUGCUUCUGGACGCCGUGCAGUACAGACGCAGAAUGGAGGGCUCCUCGAGAGCUGCGAAAGCGGCCGACGUUGGCCGUGGUACCCCGUGUUCUGCGUUGCCCAAGGAUUACCGUGUCAUCUUGCCUCCGUUACCAACAGGUGAAGGACAAAGGCGCGCAGUUGUAUUGCACUGCGACGUCACUGGACGGCCUUAUAGAAUCGACGACUUCCGGAAGCCCUUGAAGGAUGCUGGAGUAAUUCAGCAAGUAGGUGGAAUUGGUGCAUACCAAAUGUCGCACGUGUGGCUGCUGAACAUGAAGACAGAUGAGGCAAAGCAGACGCUUCUUGACGCCGGACCACUACUGGUGAAGAACCGGCCAUGCCUCGUCAUUGAUCCAGCGAGGCAAGAACUCAGGAUUAAGCUACAUUGGGUCGCGUUCGACGUCACCUCUGAGACCAUUCGACGAGCCUUCCGAGAGUACGGCGAGAUAAAGGAAGUCAUCAGUGAUCGGUGGAAGGCCGAGGACUUUGAGGGCGCCGAGUCAACGACUCGUCUAGUUCGUCUUCUGCUGCGCGAUGGUGUCACACCAGACCGCAUCCCACAUAAGAUGCGUCUUGGUAGCGGCACUGCGCUAGUGGUUGUGCCUGGACGCGCCCCGUUAUGCCUUCGUUGUCACAACACUGGACACAUACGACGUGAAUGCCGAGUGCCCAGGUGUGGUGCUUGCCGAGCGUUCGGGCACGAGCAGGCUAAUUGUACUCGCUCGUACGCCAGAGUUGCAAGCGUAGGCGGUGAAGCAGACCGGAGCGAGAUGCUCAUGGACGAGGAGGAAGCGGAGAGCGUGGCUGGGAUGGUGGCGUCUAUCAGCGACGCGGCCGCAGUGGCGGCGUCCACCAGCUCAGCAGGUUCGCAAGAAAACGGGGCUGCAGACGCUCGGGCAGCAGACGCCACUCUGGAAGACGCUUCGACAGGAAAGUGCGAAGAAGGCUCGGCAGAGCGCCCUUCUGAAACCCACUCCUUAGGAAAGCAGCUCCCACUAAGUGCGUCCGGGAGUGGUGAGAAAACAGCUGAACUUAAGACUGCAGUAAGCGAGGUCGUUGCGACGCUCGAAGACAGUGAUUCGACGGAUGAGGCUGCAAUGGACGCCGAGGCAACACCAACGAAGCGCCGACUCAGCAAGGCAAGCACGACUUCUCAAGACACCCGGCUACGAGCAACGGAGAGGCGUGGGACCGAGCCUGGAACCAAAAAGCCUCGGGUGGCCACCAGCCAUCAGCGGUCGGCGUCGCUUACACGCGGCGGCGGCAAGUCGACGCCCUGA